AUGCCUCUCGAGGCCCCUACCGUCCCUGCGGAUGGAUUUGAGUCCUUCGAUGUACUCUACGCCCAUGUCAACCCGUCAGCCAAAGAACAAGGAUACGCAAUCGUCAAGGUGCGAUGCAGCGACUACAAGAACGGCGCGCCGAGGCGGUACGAUCUGAGUUGCGUUCAUGGGGCCAAUAAAAAGGAGACCCGAGGUGUCGGCCUGCGGGACACAUCUACCAUCAAGACGAGUUGUCCGUGGAGGGCGAAGGCAGUUCAGCGUGUACUUGCAGGCGAUCGAUGGAUCUUCGAGGUCAUGGUUAACCAGCAUAAUCACGAAGCUCAAGACCCCGUAGCCUACCCUAGCCACCGCAAAAGGACCUGGACCGAGGCCCAGAAGGAUAAGAUCCGCCAGAUCUUCAAGACCACGGCUACUGGCUCCCGUGGUGUUGCCGCAUUGAUGCGAGAGCUUUACCCAGAUCAGGAGUGGCACCGUCGCGACAUCGAGAACGAGAUGACCCAGGCUAAUGCCGAGGCUCUUGGUGGCUAUACCCCUACCCAGGCUCUGAUCAAGCACUUCACCGACACUGGUAUUAAGCACUUUGUCCGCCAGCUAAGCGGACAUGUCACGGCCUUGAUCUGGACAUACCCAUGGUGCGAGAAGGCCUGGAAGCGAUUCCCUGAUGUCCUCAACCUCGACAAUACGUACAAGACCAACCGCUUCGAUAUGCCUUUCCUCAACGUCACGGGCGUUACCAAUCUUCAUACCACCUUCAAUGUCGCCUUCGCCAUCGUCAACAAGGAGGAUGAAGAAGCCUACACCUUGGUUGAUCCGAGCAUCUCGAAAAGCUCCGGCGUCGCUAAAAACUGUCCACCCAGCAAAUCUUGUUUGUGGCACGUGUUCAAGAACCGUACCAGAGCGAGGUCCAAGAGGAAAUUGGAACUUGGGCCCGACGGCCAACAGCCCAGCCAGCAGGCCCUGCGAGAACAGGAAGAAGAGGGUAAUCACGUGGACCCUACUUUCAGGGAUCUAAUCGCAGAGGCCCCUGUCAUCGGCCCUCCCCUUUCGAUUCAAGAUACUGAAGAUACCCCUGCCGGCUUUCUGUCUGUCUGGAAGGCCUGCGUAUAUGCCUCGACGAUUGACGACUUCCAGAUGGCGUGGCAGCAGCUGAUCGACCAGUUCGCCGAGCAUCAAGAACCCGCUGUUUCCUACAUCUUGUCGACCUACUUCCCAUGGAGGAAGCACUUCCUCGAGUGCUUCACCCGUCAAAAUCGGAACUUCGGCGUUCGGGUCACCUCUCGUACAGAGGGCAGUCACAAGGAGGUGAAGUCGUACCUGCUGAAUUCAAGGGCAGAACUGCGGUUUCUCGCCAGCCGCGUCGAGCAACUCGUGAAGGACCAAGAGGCUUCAUAUAACGCCAAGAAGGGCGAGGAGGCCACGCGCCAGCUCGGGCAGUACAGCAGCUGUCGAUGGAUGGGAGACCUACGCUACCGCCUUAGCCGCAAGGCACUUGGCCUCGUGGCGCAGCAACACAGGAUCUGCCACAGCAGGGUCAAGAGUGACCUCGGACAGACUGCCUCCCAGAGGCACAGGGAACCACCCCCUGAGUGCACCGGGGCUUUCCACCAGCAGUUUGGCCUCCCUUGUUCCCACGAUAUCGAGCGUAAACUACGUAGCAACCAGGAGCUCAGUUACCUCGAUACCCAUCCCCACUGGCACCUUGAGGUGAGCCUCGCCGCUAACGACCCCUUCGCCGCGAUCGAAGAGCCGCUAGUAGGAAUCACAAGGCGUGGUAGGCCUACAGUCAGUCAGGAGGAGAUCCUCCGUCGCUUUGAUACCCCGUGGAGAUAA